AAGCGGAACUAAUGUUGAUAGUUGAGGGGCUGGCCGAACGCUAUUUGGUUGCACAACCUGUAGCAAAGUAGUUAGCAAAGCUAUCAGUAGCGAGUUAACAUAGCUGCGUCCAACACGACAUGUACGCCGAUAGGCACUAACCUCAACUAGUAAAACUACAGGCUGCUGUGAUGUCUGAGCCUAAGCCCCCUACUCCAACCCCUGGAGACACAUACAAGGGUUGGCUCUUCAAAUGGACGAACUAUAUAAAAGGUUACCAGAGACGCUGGUUUGUUCUCAGCAAUGGGCUGCUGUCUUACUAUAGGACCCAGGCAGAGAUGGGUCACACAUGCCGAGGCACCAUCAACUUGGCCACAGCAAACAUUGCUGUGGAGGACUCCUGCAAUUUUGUCAUUUCCAACGGAGGGGCGCAGACCUAUCACCUGAAGGCCAGCUCAGAAGUAGAACGCCAACGGUGGAUCACUGCUCUGGAACUUGCCAAGGCAAAGGCGGUCCGCAUGCAGGCUGAGUCCGAUGACUCUGGUGAUGAGUGUCCUGCAGCCCCCGCCAGCUCGGGGCAGGGUGGAGGCUGUCGUAACUCAGAAGUCCAGUCAACACUACGCACUCUCAGCAGCAAGGUGGAGGACCUCACUACCUGCAAUGAUCUCAUUGUCAAGCAUGGGUCUGCUCUCCAAAGAUCUUUAUCAGAGCUGGAGGGGAUUCGUGUCGGAGCAGACAUGGGCGAAAAGAUCCGACAAGUCACAGAGAGGGCCACGCUGUUCCGAAUCACCUCUAAUGCCAUGAUCAAUGCAUGUAGAGACUUCCUCUCCUUGGCCCAGAAUCACAGUAAGCGCUGGCAGAAGGCUUUACAGACUGAGAGAGACCAGAGGAUACGUCUGGAGGAGACUCUGGAGCAGCUAGCCAAACAGCAUAACCACCUGGAAAGAGCUUUCAGAGGAGCCACGGUUCUCCCACCUUCAUUCAGCAAUCCUACCUUAGGUAGCAAAGGUGGUGUUUCGGGAAAAGGUGAUGCGAGUGAUGAGGAUGACGACAAUGAAUUCUUUGAUGCUAUGGAAGACCCAGCCGAGUUUAUUACUGUCCCUGCUGACCCAAAGUAUCACAGGAGAUCUGGCAGCAACGUCAGCGGACUCAGCAGUGAGAUUGGAAUGGACGAUCAGUCAGCAAAUUUUGAUGAACUGUCUUUGGCAUCCAACCCGGAGUCUCCACAGCCUCUCGAGCUAGAGCCAGUUAGACAAAGACGAACUCGCAUCCCAGACAAACCCAACUAUUACCUCAAUUUGUGGAGCAUCAUGAAGAACUGUAUUGGAAAGGAACUCUCAAAGAUACCAAUGCCUGUGAAUUUCAAUGAGCCCUUGUCAAUGCUGCAACGAUUAUCUGAAGACCUGGAGUACUACGAGAUCCUGGAUAAGGCUGCUAAGUGUCAGAACUCUCUAGAGCAGAUGUGUUAUGUAGCAGCUUUCACCGUCUCUUCCUACUCCACCACUGUCCACCGCACAGGAAAGCCUUUCAAUCCUUUGCUGGGAGAAACUUUUGAGCUUGACCGGCUCAGAGAGUGUGGUUACCGUUCUCUUUGUGAACAGGUGAGCCACCACCCGCCGGCUGCAGCUCACCAUGCUAUCUCUGAAAAGGGCUGGACCCUGAGACAGGAGAUUGCACUUGCCAGCAAGUUUAGAGGAAAAUACCUCUCUAUCAUGCCCUUGGGUUCUAUCCAGUGUUUAUUUGAUAAGAGCAACAAUCACUACUCUUGGAAAAAAGUGACUACAACAGUACACAACAUUAUCGUUGGGAAGUUAUGGAUUGAUCAGUCAGGGGAGAUUGAUGUGGUGAACCACAAGACAGGAGAUCGCUGUCACCUCAAGUUUGCUCCCUACAGUUACUUCUCCAGAGAUGUUCCAAGAAAGGUAACGGGAGUAGUGACAGAUAAGGAUGGAAAGGCCCAUUAUGUGCUAUCAGGAACGUGGGAUGAGAAGAUGGAGUUUUCCAGGAUAAUGCAGAGCAGUAAAGGGGAGAACGGCACUGAAGGCAAACAGAGGACUGUAUAUCAGACCCUCAAAGCCAAAGAAAUCUGGAGAAAGAACCCUUUACCAGAGGGAGCAGAGACCAUGUACUUCUUCUCCACGCUGGCCUUGACACUUAAUGAACCUGAAGAUGGAGUGGCACCAACAGACAGCCGUCGACGCCCCGACCAGCGGUUAAUGGAGGAUGGCCGCUGGGAUGAGGCCAACGCAGAGAAACAGAGGCUAGAAGAGAAACAGCGCACCGCCCGCCGAGAAAGGGAGAGGGAAGCUGUUAAAGCAGCCAGCUCACCUGAGGAAGCUAUCACUGAGGAUUCAAUCAAUGACUCACCCUUGAAAACCGAUGCACAAGAGACUGGCACAGAAGCAAGUGAGGUUUCUGAUGAAACUGACACAGAGGACUCCCCCCCUCAUACGCCUGUUGCAUCCCCUUGUGGACCAUCACACUUCCCUUAUCAAAUGGAAGGCAAAGAAGGUCCUAAUGGAUCUCCAGUGAAAAGCGCCCAUCCGGAGAACUACCAGGCACUUUGGUUCGAGAAGAUCGACGACCCUGUAUCUGGAGAGACUUUGCAUGUCUACAAGGGAGGUUACUGGGAGGCGAAGGACCAAGGGAGCUGGGACAUGUGCCCCGACAUCUUCUGAUCACAGUGGUAGACAAAUGAGAAGGUGGUGAAAGGAGCGCUCCCCUCUACUAGCUAAAGUAGGACAUCAAGCCUGACAUCAAUCCAUCCUCAGUGUCCAUUGCUUCUUCUGAUCGCCCUGUUCGGUUUCUCAGUUCCAGCAGGAUCAAGGUUAUCUGGACUAUAGAAUCCCUUUCACUGCCUCUUGAUGUUGGUUCUCUGUUUGUUCCCAGUCCAGGAUCCUGAGAUCCAGCUUCUGAGUUGCAUUAACAGGUUAUUCUGAUAAUGUCAUUAUUAAUUGUUGCUGGCCACUCUGUUUUCAGAGGAUGAUUCUUCCAAAUGACAUCUUACAAUGUAUAAGGUUUGAAUUUAUAGCGUGAUCUACUACCUAACGUGAUUUAUGUGUUUGUUCUUGCUUCUUAUUAUUUUGAAAUAAAUUAAUUGCAGCUUCCCCAGCACAGCACCACUCAAGGUUUAAUCAAACCAACGCUUUUAAUAGUUCCCAUAGUGCAUAUUCACUAUACCUGAUUCAGCCCAUAGGCGUAGGCUUCAGAAGUCUGGAAAUCAAUCAUUUUUCAAGGAAAUAAUUAAUGGCAUGUUUCAGCAAUUAUUUCUGGAGUGUCACAAAUACCUAAUACAAAGUUUGCCUUCAAAUGUUUGGUGAUUUGUGGUGCUGCUUUAUUCCAUGAAAUGAAGCAACAAGUCUGGAGGAAUACUAUAUCUAAAUGUUAGCCUUUUUUUCAUUUUUACGUCCAUUUCAAAUGAACCGAUGAAGUCUGGUUCGGUCAUCUUAACAAUCCUGAAACUCGGGUCUUCAAUGUCUACACGCGGCGGUCCCUUUAUAAGUCUUUUUUUUUUUACUUUUUCACUCUUAAAGAAUGACAUUUCCUUUUUCUAUGCUGUAUUAUUUUGAAGAAAAAUGCAUUUCUGUGUGCAGCACAUUAAUGUUAAUGCAUCAGUUCACAUGGUACCAUAUUGACUAUCAUCCCAACUGAAGGAGGGUUAACAAACAUGUAUUGGUACCGAUGAUGUACCAAUUUUCACUGCUCAACAGGAAGCAAAACAUUUACAACCCUGUCUUUUAAUUUGAUCUGUACUUUUUUGUUUUGCAGAGUAUUGAUUUUUUUGGGUCACGGAGUGCAAGGGCCUGGUUAUAUAAAAAUAUAUUGUUUGUUGCAGUGUAAUGAAUCUACUGUAAUCUUUCUAUUUAAGAUAAAAUGUGUUAGCAAGUCCACUCCGCCUCUCCAAAUACAUGGGUUUUAGAUGUAUUUUUGUAACUAGAAAAGCAAUUUCAGUUCUGCUUUCAUAGUAAAUGUUUAGGCUUUUCACCAGUUGAGAUUAAACUAAAAGCAGGUGAGCUGUGCUCCGAGUCGUUGCUGAGCUGUGCGCGGAUUUCUACUGGCCUGAUGAUUUGUGACGUGAAGGGAUAUACGAGGCGCCCUUCCUGGUGUCCUUCAAACUUACCGAUCAUAGCUUUAAUCUUGAUAUUAUAGUCUUUACGUGCUGCAAGUGUAAAUUUCUUAACAGACAGCAAUAAGAGUGCCUCUGCUCAUACAUGUGGCACAGAAUGAAAUGUGAGGGCAGCAUGAAGCAAGAACGCUGAGAAAAAAGACAAAAAAGCGCUCAGUUCUGUCUUCACAUUCAUCUGUUGUUGUUUGUUGUGAGUGGAAGGACUGUGGGUUGAUAAAAAAUCUAAACUCCAUUUUAUAUUCAAGUGUACUUAAAAUGAGAGCACUGAAAAUUAAGAAAAAACUAAAUGUUGCAAGUUUUUCUGUGUAAAUAUAUGAAAUAGUAAAAUAAUUGUGGUAAUAACCAUUUGCAUUGAUAGAGAAUCUAAAGGCAGUGAUGCACUUUUAAUUUGAAUUUUUUUCCCCAUUUGUCUUUCUUGUAUACUGAGAACUGGACACAUUUUACCACCUCUAAUAGCUUUCUUAUUUAAGUUAUGUUCAUUUCUUUUUCACCCACAUAAUUUCUUACUACCUUCAACGUUUAAUUUAUAUGCCACCUCUAUAGAUGAUACACUUCAUCUCUUCGUUACUUUUCAGUUUUAGUCACUGAUUUAAUUGCGUAGACCCAUUGGUUCAUUUCUGUUUUAUUUUGUUUUUCUUAAGUUUCUACCUUUUUCAUCCCUUUUACUGUCUCCAGCUAUGAAUUCUGCCCUGCACUGGGGAGACUGUUGCUGUCCACAAUGCCACAACUUCUUACAUUUCUUUAAAAGAGACUGAAGGUAUUCUUGCACUUCAAUACAUAUACAUACAAUACAUGAGUGAUUUAUGACUUGAUCGAACUAAUAAACGGUUGACAUUAGAAGUUGGCUACUAAAGAGUUUGUCAUUUUGUGAGUUUGUUUGGGAAAGUUUUCCUAAACCGUGUUCAGGAAUUGCAAACAAAUGUGCUGAUUUACAAUUCCGAGAAUAUUUUACACCAUUUCUGUCCUUUAAUGCAGUUUUUCAGCAGGAUUGUGUUAGAAGUUGACUGUAUUAAAGUUUGAAUGGAGAUGUCGUA